AUGGAAAAAAGCGGCAAGAGAAAAAUGAAGGACGACGGCGUGGGCAAAGAUGAUCACGAAAGCAACGAAAAAAAGAAAAAAAAAAGUAAAGUGGAAGCGAAACCCACAAACGAUAAGACCCACAGUUGUCUGAACAUUCACAACAAUGUACUGAUAAAAAUGGUUAACGAGAACAAACGAAAAUUUGAAAAAGUGGAUAAUGUGGAAACUAUAUACAGAAAGAUAAAGGCUAGCAUUACUUCGCUUAACGUUUCAAGUGUGCUAAUGGAACACUACGAUUCGUUUAUUUACUACGAAAAGAACAAAAUCGACUUCCUACUCCCCGAGUUGGACGGCAUAGUCAAUUCGUCCAACUUGGAUGUGCUCAAGGGCCUAAGCGAGUUAUCCUUUUACCCAAUUUACCACGAAACGCUGAGAAAAAGAGUACUCGAAUGGCUAGCCAAAGACCGUGGGAAAAAACAAACCGAUAAGGAAGAUACCGAGAAUAUGAGCAUGUCUUACUGGUUUAGCCUGAACCUCCUCCUGACGUAUCUGAUUUAUAAGAAUGAUGAGUACUCCAGUUAUGCUUCCCUGGUUCACCUGAAUUUAUUGCAGUGGAUGCAGCUUGACAAGAGAAGGUUACACUUCCGCCUUUUUACACUGAAAGGAAUCCUGAAGCGGUUCCUGACUUGCUCCUUCUACUUCAACGACAAGGAAAUGGCGAAAGUGAAGAAGGUGGACAGCGAGGACGAGAAAAAUGAGAACGAAUGGAUUGUCCUAAAAAAUGUAUUCAUGGCUCUACACGAAAGCAUAGAAUACCUAGAUGUAAGCAACUUGGUCAACAUAAACGACAAGAAUUGUAUCUUCGAGUUAAUCAAAUUUUUUCUCGAGUUGGUAAAAAAGCCACUAAUUCAUUGUAUCCAUAUUUUAUGCAUUAACUACCUGAUGAGAAUAGUGGGAAGAUGUUACGACUUGAGGUUUUCCUACAACAUCAACGUGGAGCUCUAUGACAUCGGCCCGGAGGUAAAUAUCUUCGUCAAAAUAGUGAACCUAAUUUUUGCAAAGAUAUUAAUUCUCUUGAAGGAGACACGGGUCGAAGAGAGUACAUACUGUGUGGAUCACAUCAACAAAAUGAACAGCUUAAUUAUUUUAUUUUUCACGAACGUUGUAAACAGUUGCAUUCGGGUCAUUGUUCCGCAAGUGUUGUUUAACGAGAAGAUGAAGCGGGAUUACCUGUCUGCCAGGGAAGGGACUUUAGCUGUGGAGAGUCAAGUGUGCUUCGAGGACCAAGUGGUGGCAAACGCAUGCAAUCCCGUGUUCUCCUUCAUCGAAAUAUUUAUCAUUAACAACCAUGACUGGAGCGAAAGGAACCUGUUCCUCGAGUUAAUCAAAACGUUAGUAAAGUUGUGCAGGAAAAUAGAAAGCAAAUACAACGUCAUGCGGAUCAUAUGCGAUGAGUACAUGCUGUUCCUUAAAGGGGACGACAGUAAAAAGAGGGAUGCCAGAUUUUUGGACAAGAACUACUUAAAGGUUAGGAAGAUUAGCAGGAAGAGGAUCGACUCCAGUGCAUCGUUCACGCUCGAGGAUGAUUGCAGCUCGUCAGUUUGCUCCGAGUCGGAGGAAGAGCAUGACACAACGGAGGACACAUCCCCUGGCGCAUCGGCUGACGAAGCAGACACGGCCGACCCGGCCGACCCCACGGAGGAAAAUGGGGAAGACCUCCCCCCGAGAAGGAAGAAAAAAACAAACAAGUGGGCAUCGAAAAAUAAGAUACAAAACAAGAGAAAGUCCACCCUUGUAGUGGAUCAAAAAACGUAUUCCAUCACCUACGAGUCGGUCAUGGUUAGGUACCUAAAUAUCCUCAUAAAAUAUAUCAACUGCGAAAAGUAUCAAAUAAGGGGCAUCAUUCUGGACCUAUUUUUAGCAUUAAUGAAGAAAAAAAAAACGAACAAAAAUGAGUCGAUUUUUUUGAAAUUAUUUAAAUUAUUUUUGGAAAGGUUAGAAGACCCUAACAUGGUUGUCAGGGCAAAGGCCCUAUCCAUUUUAGGAAUCUUAACGAAUAGAAAAUAUCACGACAAUAAUUCACUUGUGUAUAAAUUUAUAUUUAACAAAACGAAGGAGAAAAUUAACAUGUACAAAAUUAUAUCGGGAAAUAUUUUCAGUCAUAAAAGUAACAUCCGGAAAUUGACGGUGCAGUAUAUAGAGGCCAUUUUUGAAACGCUGAUAGGGAAAAAACUAAGCUAUAAAUUAUUCCUAAUUUUUAUUUCCAAUUAUAUGUACUGCUUAUCCUUAGACGCCAUGUCAUCUGUGAGAAGACAAGUUCUUCUGACGGUUAAUAAUUUGUUUGUCAAUGCAAGUGAAGAUGUGUAUGUAGCGAAGAUGUGGCUGUCCAUCAUCUUGGCGGCCAUAACGGAUAUAGAAGAGACGGUAAAAGAUGAAGCCAUUUCAAUUUUCUUAAAUACAUUCAUAAAAUCUGCGUUUCAGUGCCCCAUUUUGAAGACAAGCGAGAAAAGAAUAAAGGAAGUUUUGGACAAAAAUAAACUUACAUAUUUUAGGGCAACUCAUCAACCUUGGUCGCUCUGUUCGAGGAGGCAAACCCAUCCGGGGGAUGCUGAUCCAGAGGGGGGGUCCACAUUUACCAGGGGGAUGAUAAUACCCCCCGAGGGAGACCCCAAAUAUAGGGAAGAAAAAAGCAAAAGCGAAAGGAAGGAUAACAUAGACGAGUGCGACAAAAAUAACAACGGAGUGCUGCUUCUUAUAGACACAUGGAAGACCCACUUCGGUGAAGACGUAAGAAACUAUUUUCUAACCCUGCUCAGGACUAUGACCAAAUACGACUUGCAAAACUUCAACCUGAUAAUUUUUUGUCUCAGGCGGAAGAAGAAUAACAGUUUAGAAGAAUUUAUCAGUCUGCUGAACUCCUUUAUGUACAACCUGCGCUACUUUUCCAUCAACAUGUGGAACAUUUUCCUGCUCGAUUUUGUCAUAGAAUUAUCGAAGGAGUACCGGCAUAGUGUGGACAUAGGGAAUGUUCUCUUCCUCCUGAGCAGGUGCUACAGGGUGUAUCUGCUGAGCGGCCCUGCGGGGGGACCCAUCCGAAUGGAUAGCAAUAAUCGCAUUGAUGGGGGCGAAGUGGGCAAGGAAAACAUGGUUGGUGACCGCCUAACUGAGGAACCCACGGAUGGCAUCCUCACGAAGGACGACAUACUAGGCGAGGUGAACACGUGCAGCAAAGGGGUCCUAAAAAACAUCAUGCUGAAGCUUUUCACCAUCGUUUAUAAUUUGCUAGACACGAUAGAAGAGCUGAAUGAAGAUUUUAUGAAAAAUUUAGAGCACGCCAUUUUUCACUUCAAUUGUCCUCUAUGUCUAAUUUACAUUAUUUUGAACAUCCUGAUUAAGAAGAAAAAAGACAACGUGAGCGAAUUUAUCGAAAAACUAAAAUAUAAGAUCUGUUUCUUCUUCGAAAUUGUAGAAUCUGUUCCGCAUGAUAUGGUUUUCUGCAACAUUUUAAUCACGUUCAUAUUUCUGAUGAAGCAUUUUAAGAAGGGGGAUAUGAUGCCGUUUCUAACCACAGUUAGUCAGAAGUUAAGAAAAAUCUACGACCAGGCAGUAAGCAAUGGGGCAGACGACAAUAACAGUAUCAUGGUAAGGAACUGCAUCUACCUAACGCAGAGUGUUUUAUUAAUAGACAAGGGGGUAAACGUGAGGAACGAUUUAUUUCUAAGCAUCGAAAGGGAUUUAAAAAAUGGCAACACCUCCAUGAAUAUACUGAACAAUCUAAUCAUCCUGACUUACUACAUGAUCAUAAAUUUCGGAAGCUCAUGCAACAAAUUUGUGUACAUUUUGCUGCGCUUUUUCAAACAUGAAAAUAGUUUUAUCCGUUAUUUGUCCUUUUAUAUGAUAUCCAAAUUAAUAUCCGAGGAUUACAUAAAAUUUAGCAACCAUUUUUUCUUCGCCUUUUUGUACCUCCUGGCGGAUAAGAACGAAACGAUACAGAAGCAGUCCCUGUCCGUUUUUAAACACAUCCUUUUGAUAUACAACAAGGCGAACCUAAUCAACUAUAUCAUUGAGUUCAUUUUUGUGCUCAACAACUUUUACCAAUUCAAACUCAGCAAGCAUCUUGCCAACAUGGGCAACAGUUACGAAAUAAAAGACAAGAAGGACCGGUACAUCAUAUACCACUUUCUGCUUGAAAACCUAAACAAUAGUGAGAAGUUCUCUCUCCAGCAGAAGCUGAUUAAUGACUAUCUAAUACAGUAUGUCUAUAAUUACGAUAACUUUUACUUCUGCGAAGAAGACAUGAAUGAGAAAAAAAACGGGAAUAGGAGAAAUGUAAUCCCCUUGAAUGAUGAAGAUAAUGAGGGGGCCGUUCUACAAGAUGUCCUAAAUAUCCUAUCAUCCAAAUUAAUGAAAAUAAAAAUAAAAAAAGAUUUUACCAAAUUGGAGGAAAAAAACAAAAAUCUCAAAUUUAAAAAUGUGGAGAAUAGUGUUAAAGUUCUUAACGACUUAAUGAAAAAUAUUUUAAAAAAAAACACCCUCCCGAUUUUGCUAUCCCUCAGGGCAAUUAUGCUGAAGGCAAAAUCCUUCUUCUACAAGCACAUAAACAAUUUAAUUAUUUACCUUUGUCUGGAUUAUAGAGAUGCUCUAGAUGACCUAAUCCCCGAGGUGCACGUUAGAAAUGAGCUAGCCAAUGACUUACAAAAUUUCAUCUACCUAGACUUAAUCCAACUGCACACUGAUCAGGAUGACCCCUUUCGGAAGAACAACAAAGUCGUUAAUAUUAACGUCAAUUUUCUGGAGCUGUCUCAGAACCAGGUUAUCGAGGAGAACCGGGAACGGGAACACCAACUCGAGAUGGAGAAAAGGUCUGCCGCGGAUUACCAACACAGCGACAGCGAAAGCGACUACGACGAGGUCCACAAUGUGCUCCACGGGAUUCACGACGUUCGGGGGGGCUCCUCCAAAAAAAAGAGGGGGCGACGUAGGCGUGAAAAUUUAACUUAA